AAAAUGGUAGUCUGUUAAAAUGAAUUGUUUUUUCCGGUGCAUCUAAUUUUGUUAGUAAUUUUUAUUUUUCAAUUUUUUAGACUUGCCAUAUGUUCCCAGACCAAGAAAAAUUUUCACCACUCUUAAAGAAUUUCAAGACCUUGGUUUGUCUAAAGAAAGGAUUUACAGACACUUGGAAAGAUACCUAUUAGAUUCUAAACAACUGGCUAUGAAUAGAUUCCCCAUGCCUGGCAUUACUGAAGGAGCUAGGAUUUCUCUGAAUGGUACAGUCGUAAGAAAAUGCUACAGGUGUUGUCAAAGAUUCGAAGUCACUCCAGACGGAAAGUACACGGAAAAGGACAAAUGCUACUACCAUCCUUGCAAACCAAAUGUAGUCUUUAGUCCUGGUAGUGAAUAUAAUUACAAGUGUUGUGGUAAACCUACUGGCGCUUCUGGCUGUAAAGUUUACCCAGUACACAUUUGUGGAGAUCCCCUGCUCAAUUUUACAGAGUUCAAGAGCAUACGAGACAAAAGACAAGUUCGUAUGGACCAGCUUCGUGGCGUCUAUGGAUUAGAUUGUGAAAUGGUUUACACAGGAAAAGGAUUGGAAGUUGCAAAAGUAGGUUUAGUUAAUGAAGAAGGCUUCACGAUUUACGAGUCUUUCGUACAACCCGAAAAUGAAAUCCUUGAUUAUUGCACUAAGUAUAGCGGAAUAACAGCCAAGGAUUUGCUUGGUGUAACAACAACUCUUCAUGAUGUUCAAACGUUUCUCGACCGCCUGCUUCACAGCCAGUGUAUACUUGUUGGUCAUGGACUGGAAGGAGACCUCCGAUGUCUAAGACUGACUCAUACCAAAAUAGUGGAUACUUCAGUUGUUUUUCCAAGGAGUGAUGGCUCUAAGCCAAAGCUUAGAGAUCUAGCUUACGAAAAACUAAAGCUUGUGGUGCAAAAUGACGUUGGCGGGCAUGAUUGCAUCGAAGAUGCAAGAACUUGCAUGGCUUUGAUGUUGAAUAAAAUUAAGGAAGACAAAGUUACCCAAACUGAAUCACAAAAAAAUACUGUAACCAAUGAAUGUCGAAAGUUUAAUAUCCCGACUCAAGGUAUAGAUAUGGCAUUUCUAUCUGCCCAGGGCAUUAGCCAGGAAGAGUUACACACCAGAAAAUGGCCUUUUUCUGAAACAUCACAUCAGCCUGAGUAUCACAUAGUUGUACAGAAAGGUAGUUUUAAAAAGGUGUGUUAUAUUUGCACAAAUCUACAAUUUGGACAUGAGUCUUACUGCUACGCUUAAAUUUUAAGU